UUCCUUCUUCAUGGCAGCAAUACAAGAAGCUUGCAGAAAGGUACCAUCUAAAACAGCAUGAUUGCACCCUAGACAUAUUAUUCUGAAUCCUGGAAAUCAGAAAAUGACGACUGUGUUUGGAUAUGCCUCAGUGGUGGUGGCCUAGUUCAGGCGUUGCACACCAAUAAACUGACGAUCAUGGGGGAUAUGAAAACCCCGGAUUUCGAUGACCUGCUUGCUGCGUUUGACAUCCCAGAUAUGCAGGUCGACCCGAAAGCAGCAAUUGAGUCUGUACACGAUGAGAAUGAAGGGCACCUGAAACAGAGCAUCCCCGUGGAUGAGGAUGCCCAGGUCCCCUCUGCCCCCGACGGGGUAGUGAGCGUGAUUGUGAAAAAUAUCCGAACUCUUGACUCGUGCGAGGCUUCGGCCGCGACAACAGAAACCUCGACACUAGACAAAGAGAGCCACCAUUCUUCAGGCAAUGGCUUACACAAUGGCUUCCUCAGUGUGACAAACCUGGAUGGGUAUUCUAAAGAAUUGGACGGCAAGUCAGCCAGGUGUGAAGGCCCCCCAGGCACCGAAGCUAAACUAGAUUUAUCGGGAGCCGAGACCAUCGAUGGCCCCGAUGCAGGAAUGAAAGACUCCGCGUUUAACCAGUUCAGCCCCAUUUCCAGUGCGGAAGAGUUCGAGGACGAUGACAAAAUUGAAGUUGAUGACCCUCCACACGUCAAAGAGGAGAGCCAACCGGUUUAUCAAGCAAACGUACAUCCAGGUCCCACUGCUGAGCGAGAAAGUGAGAAGCCAAGGAAGGCUGGAGUGGAGAGCACUGUCAAGCAGGAAGUGUCCAUGCCAGAAGCUGAAGAAAAGGGUAAGAUAUUGAAAAGCAACAGAGAGAGUGAAAGUCCCAGUGUUAAUUCAGGGAUUCUUGAGACAUUUAAAGUCCGAAAUAUGGAUGAGAAAUUGUCUGACGAGGAUGCUGAAAAGAGUUUUAAAAAUUCUGCUGAGAAGCAGCUUGAUAACAGAGUCCUCGAUGGCAAAAGUGGUGAGAAAACUGGAGUGAAUGUUACUUGUCCUUCAAACCUCAGGGCUAAGUCCUCCUCCAAGCUUUCCUCGUGUAUUGCGGCAAUUGCUGCUUUGAAUGCUAAAAAGGCUGCAGCAGAUAUCAAUAAGGAACCUCAGUCUGUCUCAAGGGGCCCUUCUCCGGUUUUAAAAGAAUCUCGAGAAAGCCCUAGAGUCACUGAAAAGUCUCCCGAGGGCCCUCAGAGCCCAAUGGAAGUGGUGAAGAAAGUUGCCAUCAAACAGCCUGAUAGCCCCCGGAGCGUGUCAAGUGAAUGUAGCAUGAAAGGGUCCCCUUCCUCUCCUGCAAGCUCACCGCCUGCAAUCCCUAAGGUUCGCAUCAAAACCAUCAAAACAUCAUCUGGUGAGAUUACCAGAACAGUGACCAGAAUCAUGCCAGAGGUUGAGCAAGAGCUUGGUAGAAGAGGACCAGAACAAGCAAACUCCUUGGUUGUCUCAUCACUUUUGUCAUCUCCACCUACUGAGUCUUCUGUUUCUUCGCCUCCUACUACGCCCGUGCAAUCGGCACUUGUUACAGCUUCUAAUUCAGUAAUGUCUCCUGACGUUGCUCAGAAACAGGUUACAAUUAAACCUGUUGCCACUGCUUUCCUUCCAGUGUCUGCUGUGAAGACGGCAGGAUCACAGGUGAUCAACCUAAAGUUUGCAAACAACACUACAGUCAAAGCCACCGUCAUUUCCGCUGCCUCAGUUCAGAGUGCCAGCAGUGCCAUCCUGAAAGCUGCCAAUGCGAUGCAGCAGCAGACUGUGGUGGUCCCAGCAUCCAGCCUUGCAAAUGCUAAACUUGUGCCAAAGACUGUCCACCUCGCUAACCUUAAUCUUUUGCCUCAAACUGCCCAAGCGUCUUCUGAACUCCGUCAGGUGCUUUCCAAAACGCAGCAGCCCAUAAAGCAGGCUCUAAUCACUGCUGCUUCCACACAGCCAGCUAAGAAAGUAUCUCGAGUUCAUGUGGUGGCCUAUUCCCAGAAUGCAGUGGUUGAGACAUUUAACAAGGUGCUGAGCAGUGUAAAUCCAGUCCCUGUCUAUACGCCUAACCUUAAUCCUCCAAUGAAUACAAAUAUUAGUAUACCACUUCGUGGAUACAAAUGCUUAGAAUGUGGUGAUUCAUUUGCUUUGGAGAAGAGUUUGGCGCAGCAUUAUGACCGGAGAAGUGUGAGGAUUGAAGUCACGUGUAACCACUGUGCGAAGAACUUGGUCUUUUUCAACAAGUGCAGUCUUCUCUCACAUGCUCGUGGGCACAAGGACAAGGGUGUGGUGAUGCAGUGUUCUCAUCUGAUUAUGAAACCCAUUCCUGCAGACCAGAUGAUCAUUCCCAGUUCCAGUAAUAGCAUUUCUUCCACCACUAUCUCUGCGCCAGUCUUGACGUCUGCAGGGGGCACUGCUGGUGCCAUAGCGAAAACUGUUGCAAGCGUACCCAGUGCGGUGAUCUCUGCGCCUGCCAAUGCUCCCAUUCUCCCAGCAAUGCCCCUGGAUGAGGAUCCAUCAAAGCUUUCCCGCUAUGGCAUGAAGUGUUUGGAGUGCAGUGAGACGUUUCUGGAUGAGAUUUUGCUUGCCACACACUUCCAACAUGCUGCAGAAGCAGGCGGACAGACGUGUCACAUAUGCCAGAUGUUACUUCCCAACAAGUGCAGUUUCUCAUCGCACUUAAGAAUACAUCAACACAAGUCUCCAUAUACAUGUCCGGAAUGUGGAGCGAUAUGCAGGUCCUCGCACUUUCAGACCCAUGUCACCAGGAAUUGCCUGCACUACACCCGUAAAGUGGGAUACCGUUGUAUACAUUGUGGUGUUGUCUAUGCUGACCUAGCUGCCCUGAAAUCUCAUAUCCAAGGUGCUCAUUGCGAGAUCUUCUACAAAUGUCCUAUCUGCCCCAUGGCUUUCAAGUCGGCACCGAGUACUCAUUCACACGCCUACACACAGCACCCAGGCAUCAAAAUAGGAGAAGCUAAAAUAAUCUACAAAUGCUCCAUGUGUGACACAGUGUUUACUCAGCAAACCUUGCUAUGCAGCCAUUUUGAUCAACAUGUUGCGAAGCAGAAAGUUGCCGUCUUCAAGUGCCCGGAUUGUGCAUUGCUAUAUGCACAGAAGCAGCUGAUGGUGGAACACAUUAAGACUGUGCAUGGCAUCCUCAAGAGUAUUGAGGGUCCUCCCAACCUGGGACCUCAACAACCAUUGGUCACAAAGCCAUUAAUUACAUCAGCGGGACCGAACAAAACUGACGGGAAUGCUGUUAAUGGCACUGACCGGCUUGGGAAGAAACCUUCAGUGGCUGUGAGGAAAACUGGGAGCCGCUCAAAAGCAAAUAACCCUGGUUGGAUGUGUCAAGACUGCGAGGAAUGGUUUCCUGAACGAGAGGACUACAUUUCUCACAUGAAAAAAGACCAUGGAAAGCAAAUGAAGAAGCACCCAUGUCGUCAAUGUGAAAAAUCUUUCAGUUCUUCGCACAGUCUCUGCCGGCACAAUCGCAUAAAGCACAAAGGCAUCAGAAAAGUAUACACGUGCUGGAACUGCCCAGACUCAAAACGUACGUUUACCAAAAGGUUUAUGCUGGAGAAACACAUUCGUCUUAUGCAUGGUAUUAAAAAUCCUGAUAUGACACAGAUGCCAGAGCCGACAACCAUAAUGGAAUCCCUAAAGAAAGAAGAGAACAAGCCUUGUUUCCUGCAGAUGCCGUUACCACCAAAGCGGAAGUUGGAGGAUGCAGUAGUGGAGCUUAGACCACCCCCCAGAGGAGCCAUUACUCAGCCUUUGAAGAAGCUGAAAAUCAACGUCAUCAAACUUAACAAAUGUGCCGUAUGCGGCUUCACCACAGAGAAUGUAACUCAGUUCCAAGAGCACCUACCCCAGCACAAGACUGAUGGCUCCACCUUCCAGUGCAGGGAAUGUGGUCUCUGUUAUACCUCUCUCCAGUCUCUGACCAGACAUUUGUUCAUUGUCCACAAGAUGAAGAAUGCCCAGCAAGUUGCCAGACAGAACGGUGCCAGGGACGAGAAUGCGGCAGACAGCAAAAUGAGCCUGGAGGACAGUCAGGCUGAGUUGAUGCUGAUGGACAAGAAGUGCAAAGUUUGCUUCAAAACAUUUGAAACUGAAGCAGCCUUGAACACACACAUGAGGACUCAUGGCAUGGCUUUCAUCAAAUCCAAACGUCUGUGCACAUCAGAGAAAUGAGGAGCAACUCUCCUGAAAUGACAGUUAAUUAACAAACAGUAGAGGUGACUUCAUGCAGAAGGGACUGUUUCAAUUGGGACAAACUUUCCCUUGUUGCAGCUUUUAUUAGAAUGUCAUACAAACCCCUGUUACACCUCACCUGUACAGCUUGUAUAUGUUGUCCAGCAUCACUUCUAAGCUGUAAUUUGACUAAAGGAAAAGCUCAAUGCCUUUGAAGAAGUAUACACUUUUUUUGUACAGUUACAAUACAUAAUCAUUUCAUUUUUAUGCUGCAUAACAUAGUGUUCUUUCAUCACAAACCUUGCUCACUUUUGGUCACCAUGUAGUGAGUUGGUCUUCGACAUCGCAAAACUAAUGAUAUUCAUUGAACUUAUUUAAAGAAAAACAGAGGGGAAUUGAAUUUCAAUUAACCAGGUUUUGUUAAAAUGUUGUUUACUUAUCUUGAGCUGCUUGAUCUGAAUACUGUCUUUUUAAAUUAGAAGUUCAUUUUCGAUGGACCAAAUUAGGGAUGUAUUGUAUCAUCAUUGUACUUUGAUAAACUGAUCUGUUAUUCAAAUAUUCACUUCGCUGGAGGAAAGCAAAAGGCUUCAGGAAAAUAACCCCAGGAGGAAUGUGUAUGUCGGUGUCCAAGUUUGAAAACAAUGAAUGAUUGUGGGCAAUUUGAUAUUUAUUUUUUUAAAAUAUUGACAGGUAUUAGUUUUCUUGCAGUUAAUGAUGAAGGUCUUUUGAGACUAAUUAGCAAUGUGUUUAGUAAGUGUGUAUGCCUGUGUGUAUUCACACGUGUGCAUGCUUAUGUGCUUGUUCAUGUGCAUAUUUGUGUGUGCAUGUUUGUGCACCAAAAACUAGGUGCCUGCCAUGCAGAAAUCGGAUAGUUGUGAACUGGACUGACAAACUGGUUCAGAUUCUACUAAUUAAAAUAAUAAAAAUUGAAGAACAGUCAUAUGAAUUUUGCAUAGCGGCAUUACACUUCCUGACAGAUUGGCCUAAGGUUAUUGGUUUUCCCUGGUGGCCUGUAAUUUUUUUAAUACCAGCUCACUCAUCUUAUCAAGUCAAGGAUGGGUUUACACUGCCAUCAUAAACUAAACUGGUCCAGCACUGAUUACCUUGGCCUCAGCCAUCCAGAAGAAAGUUAUAUCUUAGAAAUCUGAUACAAUGGUUACAUUGCAAUAAGUCGAGCGUGUGUGACUUGCAAAACCCCAUAUGCGGCAUGCAAAUAUCCCUUACAUGCAAAUAUAAUCUCAGACACAUUAGGCCGCAGUAACAAGCAUUGGCUUUCUUGUGCCUCCUACAGUAUUAUGGUGUCACCUAGUGGUGAAAGUUUAGAAUUACAGCUAAUAGUCUUCAAAUUGACGAAGAAAUAAUGCAAUAAUGCAAGAUUUUAAAAAUUGCACAACGAUAUGCUAAGAAAAACAAAGAGAAAAUGGGCUGAUCCGUAUACUGAAAUUAGGAGUGGUGUUUUUCAGUAUUUAUUUGAAUCCAGAGUAAGCUUUUAUAGCUGGUGGAAAUGCUUCUGCUAUCUUUAAUUGGUAAAUCUUAACAUUUUACUGGCCUAGUAGAAUCACUAUUUUGCCUAAAAAAAGUUCUACUUUAAGAGUUAAAAAGGACAGACAGCAGGAAACCAAAUUAGACUGAUAAUCAUUUUUUAUUUCAUGAUUAACUAAUGUCUUGAUUUAUUUUGCACAGUUUAACGUUUUCCUGUAAUUAUAGAAAAGCAAUUUGACGGUAUCUUCUGAUUUGACUAGAUUUUUAUGAAGUCUGAAUGGAUUGUUUUCCUGCAGUAAACAUUUUUUAUUUAAUUUCUACAGGAUGCAAAUUGUAGUUGAUAUAACU